AUGUCUUACAUAGCUAAUGAGUUGCUAGAGUUACAAUCAAAGAGGGCUGUCAUAAAAGAAGAAGAGGAUGAGGAUGAGGAUGAGAUAGGUGAGAAGGAUGACAAACAUGCAGAAGAUAAGGUUGAUGAGCUGGAUGAGGAAGGAAAACAUGAUAAGGAUGAGGAUGAUGUAGACACAGAGACAGAAGAACAAGCAGAGGUGGAGGAUGUUAAAAACAUAAAAAUUGAAAGACAAGAAGACGAGAAGGAUAAAGAGAAAGAUGCAACUCAAGAGGGAGAAGAAGAAGAGAAAUUAGACACAGAUGCAUUUCAAGACAAAGUGGCUACCUAUAAGAAAGGAAAACUUCCAGUCAGGAGAUCUAAGAGGAAGAAGAAGCCUAUUUGUUAA